AUGGGUCGAAAGAAACCAAACAAAGGGAAGGGUAAAGCUAAGGCAAAGUCGGUGGUGAUUGGUCAGAGGCCUGUUGGAGAGACUGAACAUCAGUCGCAACCAAGUUCGAGAAGAACGAAAGACGUGUAUGGAGUUGGAGACGAAGAUUUUCCCGAAUUUCUCAUUAAAGACAUGUAUCGUUUUAGAACAGAGGCAAGGCGUCAAAGGAAACUACGCCGACAAAAUCCAGGUGUUCGCUUAUACAAUAAUAAAAGCAUAUCGAAACCGGAUGAAGGCGCCGACGAAAACGGUCAGCCUCAGGAUUCGCAGGAGCACCUUAGGGAGCUCACAGCGCGAGCUCUGAAUGGAAUGACAUCGGCUGAUUUUCGUGAUAGGAUGUUAUCAUCUCUUCGAACAUAUAAAGCCAUGUCGACGCUGGAUGCUGGCACACGUCCCGUGUUUCAACCAUAUCUUCGUAGGAACCUCUUAUAUCGCAUGGCAUUUGCUGACAGGCCAACUCCUUCGUACACGUUUGGGGAACGCGAGCCACCUUUGGUGUGGCCUUGGGGACCAGUUCAAGCAGUUCACAAAGAUGUAGAGGAACGACAGAGACAUCUUUCUGAGUUAAUAGAAGCGCUCGUAUCAAGAGCCUCGGUAGAGGAAGAAAUCCAGCGUUGUGAAGAUAGUCGAAGUUUCCGGUUCUCAAUCAAAACACUUGCAGCAUUCAAAAGGACUAAGGAUGUGCAAGUUCUAUACCGCAGCCUGGCCUAUCGAAAAUUCCUCAGAGCUCGUGGCAUGGCAGUACCCUCUGUUGUUAAAAACCACACUGAGUUCUUGAAUGGCACUAGUAAUCCCGAUCGUAAUGUAUGUAGGUCAUCUGUACUUGAAGAUACUGCUACGCUGUCUUUCAGAAUGGUUUGUCACAAUCUGCUUGAAGGAGAACGGCUUGCAAAAGUACAAGUUUAUACCGUUCAACAAAAAGGAGAGGAGUUUGGUCGUGCGGAGCGUCUUCCCUCAGCUACGUUCACUGUUUGUGUUAAUUUUCCGCUGCAACCAGUUUCCAUAGACGUGCCUACAAUUUCUGGAGAUUCCGAUCUUCGAGUUUACGUUCUAGUGAGGGUAGACGUGACCAAUAACUUGAAGGGUAUUCAGGUUGAUGGUCAUGCUCUUCGCCAUUUGCCCAAUCGUGUUGUACGUACCGACACUGUUAACCAGGAUGAUACAGUUGCUUUCGAGCAUAUCCUUUUUGGAGCCAGAUGUCUUUAUAGAAGAGAUACCUCGUGGAAUGGUGGUUUCAUCGUUGGAGAAAACAAUGUGACAUUAAUCGAACAAGAGAGAUUGAACAGCGAUAUCUCUUCUCCAAUGAUUAUAUCAGAACUCGAAUAUUGGACCAAGCGUCUUCACACAAAUCCGUUUUUACAAAUGAGAGUUGUCUGUGGUCCCAUAUAUGAUGACGAGUCUGACUCCAUUCUUUCUGAGAGGACCGCAAGGUCAUCUGAUGGAGUCGAUGGUGACGACGAAUUGUCAGCUUAUUCGGAGUUGGAGGAUGCUAUUCCUCAGCAAGUCGAACUUAAGCGAACUGUCGAUCCAUAUCUGGGAGUUUUUCGUCCUGGAGACGAUGGCAAAUAUGUUAAUCACAUUCGGACAAUUGAAGCAAUUUUCCGCCCAUUGAAAAGUAUGAGUAGAAUGCAUCUCAUCAUUAUCCAAAACUGGUUACGAUUGGAGAUUCCUUCACUUAUAACAUAUCGCAUUUCUUCUGGAAUGGCUCCUUGUGAUGCUGAUGAUGAACCAGCCGCAGAUCCUCGGGUAGAUGAGAACUGGCAUCGUCUUCAUAUUGACGUCUUUCUCAAUCCUGAUUUUGACGACGUAGAUGAAGUGUCGGGUACGAGAAACAACUGGAUAAAAGUGGUGGAUCCCUUCUAUAUCUGGACACGGGAUCAGGCGAUAGAACUGAGGUCAAAACUUCGUAUGGAUCUCACAAUAUUCUGUGAUUCGCUGAAAUCCGCAGGGCAGACAUGGGAUGAUCCUGUCGAGGAACGUCGUUUCAUUCAUCCUGAGUCCGGUCGUUGGCUUUAUCGCGGUGAACGACUUCCACGUUAUGCACGUCAUCUUCCUGCACCUGGACAUCAAGUACUCAUACAUAACACAACGCGGCGUUUGCUUGACUUUGUUGAUCUUUCCGAUGGUAGCAAAUGGUUCAUGAUCACCUGGAAUACGAUGAUGAUUACAUUAGGGAAAGCAAGAUGCGACGAAGCAGGAACUUAUUGGUUAAAUUUGAGUAAAUUCCGGUCCUAA